AAAUCUUUAAAUUGAUGAGUACAGGACUUUAGAAACCAAAAAAGCUGAAACUCACAGAUUAUGAAGUGUUUUAGACCUUGGGUACUGGUAUUGUAUUGGUGUAAUGCUGAACUAUAGGUUCUUUCGGUAGAGUGAAACUGGCAAGGAAUAAAUAAACAAAUAAAUAUGUUGCUUUGAAAAGUUUAAAGAAAGCUGAGAUCAUAAGACUUAAGUAAGUUGAUCAUGUGAUUAAUGAAAACACAAUAUUGGGAAAUUUGCAACAUCCUUUUAUUGUAAUAAAUAUCAUCAUCAUCACAUUAGGUAACCUUUGAAGGUUUUUGUUAGGAUCCAAGAUAUCUCUAUUUAGUCUUAGAAUUUGUUUCUGGUGGAGAAUUGUUUACUUACUUAAGAAGCAUUGGAAGACUCGAUACACAACAUGCAGCGUAUAGCCUAUUAUUCGAGUUUAUUUUAGGUUUUAUGGUGCUUAAGUGGCUGCUAUAUUUGAAUAUUUGCAUUCCAAGAAUAUUAUUUAUAGAGAUCUUAAGCCUGAAAACUUAUUAAUUGCAGAUGAUGGAUAUCUCAAGUUAACAGAUUUCGGUUUUGCCAAAGUUGUAGAAGGAAGAACAUACACAUUGUGUGGUACUCCUGAAUAUUUGGCUCCAGAAAUUUUAUUGAAUAAAGGACAUGGAAAAGCUGUUGAUUGGUGGACUUUGGGAAUUUUAAUUUAUGAGAUGAAUGCAGGAAUCGACCCUUUCUCUGAUGAAGAUCCUAUGGCCAUUUAUCAAAAAAUAUUAAAGGGCAAAGUCAAAUUCCCCAAAAGCUUUGACAAGUACUAAUUUCAUACACUAUCCAAGAAAUGCUAAAUCUUUGGUAAAACACAUGCUUGUUGCUGAUCUUUCGAAAAGAUAUGGAAAUUUAAAAAAUGGUAAUUUGUAUAAUCAUAUCAAUAAUAGGCGCUGCUGAUGUAAAAAAUCAUAGAUGGUUUGGAAACCUAGAUUGGAAUUUAUUAACUUAAAAGAAGUUGCCUGUUCCAUAUAAACCAGUAGUCAAGUAUUCAUUUAAUACAAUAUUCUUAGAGCACCAAAUGACACUUCUAACUUUUCAUCAUAUCCAGAAUCCGAUACAUAAAGUCCAGCUCUUAAACCAGCAGAUGAUCCCUUCUUAGAAUGGUGAUUAAAUAGAGAAAUAUAUAUUCAUU